AUGAGAUUGAAACAGAGGAACUUAAAAAGGGAGAAGGUAGUUGAACAAGCAUUGCAUGUAAGAUUCAUAAAGAAGUAUGGAAAAGAAAAGGUGAAGCAAAUAAAGAAUCUUGCUAAUGAUGAGAAUUCAAGCAAGAAUUUAAAGAAUCACACUGAUUCAAUCAAGAAAGGAUUGUAUAACAAAUAUUCAAUGAAGAUAGUUGACAGGAAGGAGGUCCAAUGCUACAAUUGUCAAAGACUUGGUCGUUAUGAAAGAGACUGUAAAUUUCCCAAGAAGUCGAGGACAAAAGGAAAGGAAUAUGUUCAGUUUGCUCAUGCAGGAGGAAGUGAUUCAGAUGAUGUGAUGCUAAUGGCUAAUACUCAAACUAGUGAUGAUCUAGCUAGGGUGUGGUGUUUGGAUUCAGGAUGCAACAAUCACAUGACUGGCAAUAAAAGAUGGUUCAUCAUGUUGGGUGAAUCAGUUAAGAAGGAAAUUAGAUUUGUAGAUGAGAGGCAUUUUACAUCAGAAGAAAAAGGAAAUAUCAAAGUAGUGAUAAAAGACGGUCAGAAGGCAGUCAUCAUUGAUGUCCUAUAUGCGCCCUCUAUAACAAGUAACCUGAUUAGAAUUGAUUAG